AUGCAUGUGAAAGACCUUUCUAAGAAAGAGUUAACGCCAAUCAACAAUACUCUACAGCAAUUACGCUCUAAUUUUGAUGGCUUAAAAUAUUCCGUCAAGUUUCUCUCAGACAAAUACGACGAUUUACUUCGCGAACUGCACUCAGUGAACGAGAAACAUGAUUUGCAAAGCAAGAAUUUAAAGAAAGCUAGGGAAGAACUUGAUGAGGCAAAACAACAUGCCGCAGAAGCAAUACAGCAAGCCGAAGAACUUGCACAAUAUAUAAGGCGUGACUGUGUGGAAAUCGCUGGAAUUAAACCAACACGGGACCUGUCAUGCUAA